GCUGGACUUUGAGAAGAAGAUCAAGACUCCUGGAAGGUCGGAGAAACAGAGAGACCAUCGGGGUCAAACCCUCUCCCCUCCUCCACCCCCCACUAGAGCAGGACCCCCCUAACCCUACC